GGGUUGAUGAGCAGUUUGUAAGUUUUGUUUUAAAUUUUUCCUAAUUUUGAAAUGAUUUUAAAUAUGCUACUUUGAAACUCUGAAUGUUCCACAUUUGGACACUCGGUACUAACAGUGCAAAACAAACUCUCUUGUUUCCCAACAGUGUAUUUUUUUAGUAAAAAUUAUGACGACAUAGUUCGUCUUUCUUGUUAUUUUAGGAAGUUUCAUAAGUCAAAAUUUUUUCAUACUGCUUCGAAUAGGUCACGUUUUUAUCAUCAUACCGGGGCUCACAGUGCCUUCUUUUGUAUUUUAUAUCUUGGCAAGAUAAAUAACCGACUAAGAUCCAUUAAAGCAGCAAAAUAUGGAUGAUGAUGAUGCAUGGGCAGUCGUGUCUAACUUUUUUGAACGCUUCAACGAUGACACUGACGUUUUAUCCGUCUGGUAUGCCUCAAAUGAAGACUGGGUGCAUUGGAAAAUUGCCUUGUCAGUCCUUUCAACACCACCUGCCAACGCUAUGUUGGCUCAAGCGCUAGUAGAGAAGGCCUUCACGAGUUUGCAGACGCAUCUCGAAAGUUUUCAGACGAGUUUAGUCGAUCCUCACGCUACAUUGAGUUCAAUAAGCACUGCGCUUCAGCAUUUAUACUUCGCCUUUCAAUGUGUUCAGUUGAGGUUACAGGAGUGUUGCGAGAGACUAGCAGUACUUGAUGUAUCCUGUGAAUUGGCUGCAGCUGUGUGGUGCUUUCUUUUACAGCCGGAUCUUCUCACUGGUGAAGAACCCCUGGGGAAGCCAGAGUUCAUGGAGUUUCUCACACGGCAUGCGGAAACUUUUUUGUCAAAAGACUUGGCGAAAAGUAAUAUCAAGGAGGAAACUAGAGAGAAUGAGGACGAGGAAUGUGUAUCAAAUAAUGUACACCUUUUUGGAAGAUUAGCGAAACUGUCCUCAGCUCCCCCACGUGAUAUGGUGUUUGAAUGUUUGCACGGUUUAAUGCUUAGCAGUUCACGAGAGAUCAAGACACUCUGGCGGUCCAUCCUUGAUGCCUGUGUACAAGACCGAAUUAACUCUCUUCAGGAUGUUUACAACAAACAUUUCAUCAAGCAGUGCAUUGCGUGGGAAGAAGAAGUGGUCGAGCCCUUCAUCGACAUGGCCUUGCCACCAGUGUGCGAUAGUCAUGAGACUCAUAAAUUCGCAUCCUCUUCGUAUCACAAAGAGCUCAUGCAAUCGAGUCUAUCGGUCGAGUUUACCAAUAAAACUUUAAGUGUUGAAAAGAAGCGCUGGUGUGAGGACUUUAGGAAAAAAAAUUUCAUUUUGUACGCACGGAAUCGUAUCCGUAACUUUUGGGAUAUUAUGGUUGAGUACCCUGACUCCAUACCCACUCUACAGGAUAUUCGAUAUUGCCUACACACCUCUCGGGAUGAAAACUUGAAAGAUGAGCUUUUGCAAUACGUGCGGAAUCUUCUAGCUUCACGUUUGCAUCGCGCCGGCAUCAGUACGGAGGAUAUUUUAGAAGUGUUGUCGAAGACCAUCAGCUCUUUGUGUGUUCUACUGACUCGCAGUGAACAAGGAGCUCUUCUCUUCACAGUAGUUUCAGACACGUUGGAGCACCUCCGACGACGCAAGGAUUGCAUUCCGGAGAUAAUAAAAUUAAUAACGCAACCCAACGGCAAUGCUUCGGGGGCUAUUGACGAUGCGCAGUCGAAUCUCCAACGUGAAGAAGAAGACGCCGGUCUCAAUUUGCGGGAUAUUAAUGAUGACGAUGAAUAUUAUGGUGAUGGCGCGGACUACCGACAAGAUGACACGCUAAAAGCUUUUGAUACCUUGCGAGUCCUCCUGGCGACGAUUUCCGUCAAGUCCCUCUCACACGAAUACGAAAAAGCCUUGGCUCAGGGGCUUUUAGAGCGCACAAUACACACGUUCGAUACGACUUCUGAGGAAGAAAUGCUGGAGCGCCUAAAGUGUGUGCUAGGACAAGACGUGUUGCUGAACUGUGCAGUGAUGCUGUGGGAUGUGCAGAUGUCGAAGCGCACGACCCAUCAAAUUCAAGAGAAAAGACUCAAUAAAACGUCCCCACCUCUUGGUCUGAGCACGAACACUGUUACAGAUGAAAACUUCUCCAGACAAACCACCUUGCUACCUGACGCGGUUAGCGUUGAUGUGCUUUCUCUCACUGCAUGGCCUUCACUUUCUCAUUGCUUUUCAUUUGGCGUAUCUGUUGCUGUCCCGGACCAGUACGUUGUGCAUCCUGUUCUGCAGAAGGAACUUGAUUACCUCGCGGCCAACUUCAAGUCGGUUAAACUUGAUCAAAGACUAAACUGGAUACUUUCUCAAGGUCGUGUGGUGCUGGAGGUGGAUCUAUUGGAUCCGUUACAGGGUCAUGCCCUGAAGACGGUUUCGCACAUCUUGCCGCUGUUUGCCGCAUCGGUUGUGCUUCAUCUAAGAGAUCUGGAAGCGAAGGUGACGGUGUCGACGCGAGACGGCACCAGAAACAGCAGCGAUAAGGGUACUAGUGUGCCCAUUUCCAUUGAUAAGUUGGCGAGUCGGGUCGGUGUCUCAACCGUUGAAAAGCUGAUGCCCUGUCUGGUGAACUUAUCUCCAUCCGUUGUCACGAUAUAUCCUGGCAGCACGCAUGUCGCCAUUCAAAAAUUUGUUUCGAAUGCUUCCAAUAUUGUUUUCAAAAAUGACGACAGUGACCAUAAAGGUGAGGAAGAGUCGAGUGGCCUUUCACCGCUACAGAUUAAGGCUAUAACUCGCAUGAUCAUAUCAAAGCUUAAAACUUCUGCCGCGCAGUCACUCAGCGAUAUCCACAACAGUGUGAAGAAGUUUGUGGACUUCACAGUGCGUGUUACAGACAUAAAAACUAUUAUGCAAACAUUGUUGAGCGAGGGCAGUGUAGCGUGCACAGAUGGGAAGCAUUAUACCCUUUCCUCCAAGUAA